AUCGAUCCCGGUACGGCACGCACGGUUCGUCGCUGCAGCAGAGGCACGUUCCGCUGGGCGACGCGCGCGCGCUCCAGGGGACGCACCACGCGGUUUAUACUUCGCGCCCCACGGGCGCUCGCUCUAGCGUUGGAGCUUGCGGGGGCGGCACGUCGUCAUCCUCGGCUCGGCGCCGCCUGCAGAGUCGGGAUCCCCAGCUGGGACAGCGGCGCGAGCAGCUGAAAGACAGACGCGGCAGCCCGUGGCGGAGCAGGCCGUGCGUUCGUCGGACGCGAUGGUGAGGCGGACCGCUCGUCUAGGAUCGUCCCUGGUGUCCUGCGCGGUGCGCGUUCUGCUGGGUGCAGUGCUGGUGCAAACUAGGAUACAGGGGCCGGCCAACAAGGAGCAGCCAUACGCCUCGAUCGUGUACACGGCCGUGGCGCGUGGCAAAGUGGCGCUGCCGUGCGACAUCAGCCCCCCGACGCCGGACGACUCCGUGACACUGGUGCUCUGGUACAAGGACGAGAGCCUGGCGCCAAUCUUCACGCUCGACUCACGUCGGGCUCACGUUGACCAGGCACGCCAGUCAUUGUCGGGGCCCGGUCUGGAACAACGGGCCCACUUCAACAUGGCCAACCAACCGGCCUUUCUGCAAAUAGACCCGGUCGAAGAGGCCGACGCCGGAGAGUACCGAUGUCGAGUGGACUUCCGCCGUGGACGCUCCAUCAACACCGUCAUCCACCUCAACGUGAUAGUGCCCCCGGGCGACCCCAUCAUCGUGGACGAGGACGGCCGCAGGAUGGAGGGGCUCGUGGGUCGCUUCAACGAAGGGGAAAAUCUCCGGCUCGUCUGCCAAGUGCAAGGAGGCAAGCCUCGUCCGGUGGUUACCUGGUGGCGUGACAAGCGGCUGGUGGACGACAACUACACCGUUGUGGGGGACGCGGUGCACAACAGCUUCGAGAUACGCGAGCUUAGCCGCUCCGACUUCCUCGUUGUGCUCACGUGCCAGGCCAGCAACAACAAUGUCACGGUGGCCGCUUCGCGCUCCAUCACCCUCGACAUGAACUUGAUACCACUGGACGUGACCAUUCAACCACCGAAGCGGCCGCUUUCUGCCGAUAAAGAAAUAGAGCUCGUUUGUUCGUCUAGUGGAUCCAGGCCUCCGGCGAUGCUCACCUGGUGGAAAAGUGGUGAACAGAUUCUUUCUUCCAAAGAACACCAGGUUCAAGAAGGCGUCAGCACCAGCUCGAGCUUGAUCCUGUUUACACCACGGGCGGAGGAUAAUGGCCUUGUGCUGUCGUGCCGGGCAGAGAAUCAGUUCAUCCCAGGCAGUGCUAUUGAAGAAGGUUGGAAACUGGACGUUUUCUAUAAACCGCGCAUCACAUUGAUGCUCGGUCAGAACCUCAAGGAGCAUGACAUUCACGAAGGCCGAGACGUGUACCUGGAAUGCCACGUGGAAGCCAGCCCUCCAGCUAGUGAGGUGACGUGGCUCUUUGAAGGCCACGAGGUUGCCACAAACACCAGCGCUGGCGUUAUUGUGAGCAACCAGUCGCUGGUGCUGCAGAAGGUGCGGAGGUCACGCCGCGGCCGGUACAGUUGCACCGCUGCUAAUCGGGAGGGACACGGCACCAGCAACAUCUUCAUCUUACGAAUUAAAUUUGCACCAGUUUGCAAGCCGGGCCAGAAGCGCAUCUAUGGGGUCUCGCAACUGGAUUCAGUGUCAGUGCACUGUGAACUGGAAGCAGAUCCUGGUGACGUGACCUUCCAUUGGCGUUUUAACAGCUCGUCAAGUGGCAAGCGUAUCGACUUGGCUAGUUACAGCCACGCCCAGACGCGCAGCACGGCCAUCUACUCACCUCAAAAUAGCGACGACUUUGGUUAUCUGCUCUGCUGGGGAGCAAACGAGGUCGGCAAGCAAUUGCAUCCCUGCAACUUCACUAUCGUCCCCGCAGGUCCACCAGAGCCUGUAAGCAACUGCAGCCAGCUGAACGCCACCGAGGACUCGGUGUCGUUCGAGUGCGCCGAGGGCUCCUGGGACGGCGGUGUCACGCCAGUCACGUUUUUCGCUGAGCUUCACGACGUUGAUAGCGGCCGCCUGGUGGCCAACGCGUCUUCGUCGCCGGUUGCGGCGUUCGGUUUCUCGGGGCUCGCCGGCGGCACCUCAUUUCGAGCCAGCAUGUACGCGAGAAACGCUAAAGGACAUCGGCCGCCCACACGUUUCGUCGUCAGCACACUCAGACCCGCCGAGAAACUAACGGCUGGAAGCCAAGCCAUCAUAAUUAUCCGACCCGUUUUAGGAGUCAUCAUGGGGAUUAUUUUGACUCUAGUGAUAGCAGCAAUCGUGAUUAUCUUAUUCAUAAGAUACAAGCAUCCUCGGAAGACUAGAGAUGAGUACAAGGAAAGAACGGAUGACAAGUCGCAAAGCCUGCUCAAAAAAGACGGAGAGGAAUUUGCUGAUAUAGAAGGCCGUGGCCCGGACAUUAUACCAGCAGCUCCGCUCACGUACAAUCAGGAACAGGAGGACAAGAAGGAAUACGAAAAGCAUACAGUGACAAGUUACUACAACUUACCUGUUACCACGAAUGAAAUCAGUCACUCUGGAACGCUACCAUCUAAUAAAUAUGCCAAUGGGAAACAUACUUCUAGCCAGGAAGGUUCUGACCUUACCUACGUCGAGCUUGCCUUGUCGAGGUCGGGGGGCUCGUGCAUGUCGGCGACUCUACCACGCCCACACAGGACCGGCCUGGAAGAUUUUCGCGGAGCUGAAUACGGCCGCAUAGACUUCCAAGGGAGCACUGCCCUUCGGCCACUUCCUUCAGGCCAUCAGAUUCCCGGUGGCCCCGAAGACAUGAAUGAGGACGGCACCAUCAGGCCGAACCUCUCCGAUCUGCCUCUGGUUACGGGCAAUCGAAUGGAAAGCACCGUCUAGCCAAGAUAUAUUUUUCGGUUUCAUGUGGCGCUCAACACGGAACCUGCAACACGACUUCAUCUGGGCGGCCCAUUCGGCGUGACGACUAUGUGCAAUUUUGGUAUGCAGCUACACAAGCACCUCGCUGGACGACGAAAGGUGCCUGUGAGCUGCUGUGUUCGUGAUUCUCCCCAAGUGCGCUUAGAGAGAAAGAGUACUGCACCCAUGUGUUCCCCAAGAUUGAUGCUGCUGGUAGUAUCGUAUCCACCACAAGCGUGUAAAAGUUCGCAGAAGAAGACAUAGAGGUGCCUUUGGAAAAAAUGGAUUUCAGCAAGAGGACAGUGUCGUGGUCAGCAGUGGGUCAAGUGCUCAACAAACUUGUUCAUCUGCAGUUGUGUUCAGUGACAUUGCGAGAUCCCGUGAGAUUUUUACUGUACAUAAAAAAAUGCGUGGCAUGUUGACUUCAUGGUGAAAAGAAAACAAACAGUGCUUUUUGUGAA